AUGUCCUGUCUACGUUCAAUCGAUCUCUUCCGAGGAUGGCCUGCACCAGAACUUGUCCCCGUCGAUUCCUUUAAGGAAGCUGCCGUGCAGGCUUUGUCUGACAUAACCGUCUCGAAUGAUGGCUUUGGUUACGGACCAGAUGAAGGAUAUAUGCCGCUGAGGGAAAAAAUCGCACGCUGGUUGACCCAGUUCUACAAUCUACGGGAAGCUAUCACGUCCAAUCGAAUUUGUAUUACAGGGGGAGCCAGCCAAAACUUAUCCCGCAUUCUGGAAGUCUUUAGUGAUCCUCUUCAAACGAAGAUGAUAUGGCUUGCUGAGCCUACGUAUCAUUUGGUCUUCCAAAUAUUUGAAGAUGCUGGAUUCUACGGGCGUAUGAAAGCCAUUCCAGAAGACGAAUUUGGAAUGGAUGUUUGCGCACUCGAACGAGUUCUAGCAGAGCUUCCGAGUGCCGAUGAUAACGUGGGCUCUGAUGAUGGCCGUACGAGGAAACCAUGCAAGUCGCCCCGGAAGAUUUAUCAACAUAUGAUUUACUGCGUCCCCAGUUUUUCUAACCCAUCCGGGACAACAAUGACAAUUUCUCGACGCGAGUCACUGGUCAGGAUUGCUCGCAAACUUGACGCCCUUAUCAUCUGUGAUGAUGUCUACGACUUUCUCGCCUUCAGUGAGACUGCGGGAUCAUCAAAGCCGGUCGGUGCCCCUUUACCGCGUCUAGUCGAUAUAGACCGUCAUCUCGACGGGGGGCCUCUAGACUCAUUCGGUAAUGUAGUGAGCAACGGAUCAUUCAGCAAGCUUCUGGCCCCCGGUUGUCGGGUUGGAUGGGCCGAAGCGACCGAAUCUUUUGUCUAUGCACUUUCCCAGGCUGGCCAAACCAAGUCCGGAGGUGCCCCCUCACACCUGAUGUCGACCUUUGUCAACGAGCUCCUGAAGUCAAAUUCGCUACAGCAGCAUAUUUCGACGAAGCUGGUCCCCCGAGGCCGUCAGCGGUUUUCGUGCAUGAUUUCUUCUAUAAGGGAGCGCUUGGUGCCUCUCGGUGUGACAUUUAUGCCCGAUCCUGAACGCACUGAUCUGGUUGGCGGCUACUAUGUUUGGUUGAAGCUACCUAUCACUCUUCAUGCCGAUCGAGUUUGUCAAGAAGCUCUGGAAAGGCAGAAUCUUCUGUUGGGUAAUGGAAGCUUGUUUGCUGUUCCUGGGAGAGACUCUUCAGGCGUGGAUUUACAUCGAAGCUUGAGACUUUGCUUUAUGUGGGAGGAUGAAGAGCAUUUGGUUGAGGGUGUAAGUAGGUUGGCCAUUGUCAUUGAGAACCUUUUGACGAGCUAG